UGCUCUGUUGCGGAAUUCGUAGUUUAUGAGCUUAGAGAAAUGCUCUCACGAUCACUGCUUCGAAUAGCGGCGAGCAGGACCGUCAAGUCGAUCCCGCAACGCUCGACGGGGAUUGCUGCCGGUGCACGAGCGAGGUCGUUGCAUUCGACGGGCUCGAGAAGGAAUGCCGAGACCGUACAAACGCCUACAACGAAGGAGAAGGGUUUCGAAGCUCAUUUCGGCCCGCGAGCUAGCAUCACCCAUAAGAUCUCGUCUCUCGGCCCAUCUCUUCUCUCGAAGUCGACAACCCUCGGCGGCUGGCUGACAGGCCGACGUCAAGCCAACCCCACGCUAGCCUUCUUCAACCUGAGCGACUCUACGGGUCAGGUUCAACUGGUCGUUAAUGCCAAGGAUCAUCCGAGUGGAGAUGUCGAGCAGGGGAAGAGGCUCAUAGAGGAGUUGAUGAGGGUACCUCUGCAUAGCGUGGUGCAGGUGGAGGGGACGGUCAAGUCCAAGUUGGCGGCCAAGAAGGUGGAUCACCGGGACACCGUCGAAGUCUCGGUGACGAAAUAUACCAUGCUCAACCCUGCCGACAAGGUUCUUCCCUUCUACCCAAACAGUCGGGAUUCACCAGCCAACGAGACCCUCCGCAACCAAUACCGGUACCUAGACCUUCGUUCUGACAAGCUUGGGGAGAACAUCCGCAAGCGAUCCAGGGUAACGAAGAUGAUCAGGGAUUAUCUACACGAUCUCGAGUUCACCGAGGUAGAGACGCCGGUGCUGUUACAGUCAUCACCAGAGGGCGCGAGAGAAUACCUCGUUCCGACCCGCCUGACUUCUCCCAUCACUUCCGACAACUCAGCCUCAACUUCCGAAGACGCCACUCCGACGACCUCGCAAGAACCCCUAUUCUACGCCCUCCAACAAUCGCCUCAACAACCCAAACAACUCCUCGUCGCCUCGGGAUUGACGUCCAAGUACUUCCAGAUCGCCCGUUGUUUCCGGGAUGAAUCAGGCCGAAAAGACCGUCAGGCCGAGUUCACCCAGGUCGACUUGGAGAUGAGUUUCGUCAGCGGGGCGCCGCAGGUCGGGGACGGCGCAGAGGGUGGAAUGAGGAGUACGUGGAGGAUCGGAGGUGGAGAGGUCAGGGAGAUCAUUGAGGGCUUGGUCAAGAAGAUUUGGAAAGAGGUGGAAGGCGUGGAUCUGCCCGGGUGGUUCCAGGUCAUGCCGUACGAGGUGGCCAUGGAUGUCUACGGAUCUGAUAAGCCGGAUACGAGAUUCAAGAUGUAUACCUUGCCCAUCGCCUACUAUCCAGCUCUCUCGGAUGCCGACAUCGACAAGCUGCUAGCCGACGACAAGCCGGAUACGGUCGAAUUCAUGAUCACCCCGAAACAGGAUGUCGGUUCGCUGCAGAUGGACAAGCUCGCAGAGGAGAUGCAGGAUGUAGAACGGAUUGAGAUCACUUCGGCAAAUCGUACGACGUGGACAUCCGACUCUGACCUGCUUCGACCGCUAGGCCUGCAGCCCGAGUCAUCUAGACCGGGUGGCGCCGAGGUGGGCGACAUUGUUUGGCUCGCCAAGCGGAGAAAGCAGCCGGAUUCUGGCUGGACCAAGCUGGGUCGACUGCGAGUCAAGCUGCGGGACCAGCUCGUCGAAGCCGGUGCCCUGCAACUUCCAUCAGAUCCGCACUUCUUGUGGAUCACCGAGUUCCCCUUGUUCACACGCUCGGACGAGGACAAGGAGUUCCAGGCCAAGGGCAGGUGGUCUAGCUCGCACCACCCCUUCACGGCGCCCAUGUACGAAGACAUGGAGAACCUCAAGAGCGGCAAGAUCGAGCAGGUGCGCGGACAACAUUACGAUCUUGUGCUGAACGGGAUGGAGGUCGGGGGUGGGAGCGUGAGGAUACACGAUGCCAAGCUGCAAGAGUACGUGUUGACAAAGGUGCUCGAGCUGGAUGAGAGCGAGGUGGCGAGGUUUGGACACCUGUUGCAGGCGUUGCGGUUCGGAGCGCCCCCGCACGCCGGAAUCGCCCUGGGUCUGGAUCGACUGGUGGCCAUCUUGUGUGGCACGUCGUCGAUCCGGGAUGUCAUCGCGUUCCCCAAAACGGCCGGCGGCGUGGAUCCGGUUUUCAAGAGCCCAUCACCGGGGCCGGCCGAUGACGUUCUAGGGCAGUACGGGUUGAAGCGAGCAUAGAUGAGCAGG